AUGCGUUUGUACUUCUUUCUAUAUUAUUUACUUAUUAGGUCGAGUCGUCUCCGCCAUUUUCAUUCACUCCUCUCUUUACUCCCCUUCUUUCUUUACUCUCCUUUUCUUUUUACUCUCCUUUUCUUUUUACUCUCCUUUUCUUUUUACUCUCCUUUUCUUUUUACUCUCCUUUUCUCUUUACUCUCCUUCUUUCUUUACUCCCCUUCUCUGUUUACUCUCCUUUUCUCAUUAUUCCCUUUUUCUUUACUCCACUUCUCUCUUUACUCCCCUUCUCUGUUUACUCUCCUUUUCUCCCCUUCUCUCUUUACUCCCCUUCUCUCUUUACUCACCUUCUCUCUUUACUCUCCUUUUCUCUUUAUUUACCUUCUCUCUUUGCUCACAUUUUCUCUUUACUCCCCUUCUUUCUUUAUUCCUCUUCACGCUUUACUACCCUUCUUAUCAUUUUUUCCCUUUAAUAAUUCUUCAUCUGGCUCUUUUUCGUUGCUUUUUCUUUCUUCUCAUAUUCUCACUCCACUUGUUUUUUUCUUUUGUGUUUUCUAUCUCCCUCUCUUUUUUUCUUCUUCUCUCCUUUCUCACACUUUUCUCUCUCACUUAAGUUUCCAUUUCUCUCUCCUCUUUCUAUUUCAUCUCCUUUUCUCUCUCUUUGUCUUGCCUUUUCCCAUUUUUUCGAUCUUCCUUUCUUUCCAUUUAUCUUUCUUUCUUUCCUCCUCCAACUCCCACGUCUAUCUUUCUCUCCCUCCUCCUUCUUUUCCAUCUCUCUCAGUCUUUUGUCGUCUGUCUCCAUUCGCUUUCCUCUCUCUUUGUCUAGCUUUUUUCCUUUUUUUAGUCCCCCCUCUCUCUCUCUCUUUUCCCGCUUUCUUUCUUCCUCAUUUAAUUCCUUCCCAUUUUUCUUUCCUCCUCCCAUUCCCGUUUCCAUCUCUAUGUAUAUAUCUUCACUCAGCCUCCAUUUCUCUCCCUUUCUCUUUCGAUUUCGUCUGCAUAUUGAUUUUCUUCACUCCAGUCUUUAACAGCAAAAAUGGUUCACUCGUAUCUACUUACCAAGGCUAUGGCUACUGCAGUAGUUGCUAG